GCGAAAAACAUGGCGCUGCCCUUACUGAGGUCCUGCAGCUGUAACAGGCCCUUCACGGUUCUGAUCCGGUUCUUCACAUCUAAGCCACUUUUAGUGAAUCCGUCCAGACGACUCGCUCCCGUAGCGUCCGUUGUGUGCAAUGUGCGGCGGUACAGCUCUGAGCGGGGCAGACACAAACAGAAUCAAAAGGUUUUGGUUGUUGGAAUCCCGAACCCCUACAUCUGGUUCCGAACCCGCAUCUAUUUCUUUCUCAUCCGAACCUAUUUCGACAAAGAGUUUAACAUCGAGGAUUUCACUGAAGGAGCCAAACAGGCUUUCUCACAUGUGUCAAGAUUGCUGUCUCAGUGUCAGUUUGAGGCUCUGGAUGGAUUAGUCGCUGAAGAUCUAAUAAGUAAGCUGGAGGACAAAUGCGCUCAUUUGCCUUUGAGCCACCAGAGGGCGCUGUCGGCUGAGUCAGAUGAGAUCAUGUACACAACAACAGGAGACGUUAGCAUUUACUACGAUGAUAGCGAGAGGAAAUUUGUAAGUAUUUUGAUGCGCUUCUGGUACUUGACAAGUGCCAGACUUCCUGACGACACUAUGGAGGGAAAACAAAUCUUCCAGGUUGCCAUAGGUGGAGAUGGAGAUGGAGAGAGACCAGAGACCAAGAGACUGCUCACAGCCAAUUAUGAAUUCCAAAGGGAAUUUACUCAAGGUGUGUCUCCAGAUUGGAUCAUCACAAGAAUAGAGCACUCAAAGCUUCUCGAUUAAGUGUGUUUAACUCGGAGAGGACAGAUCUUUGUAGGUUUGCUCAUGCAAGAUGUUGCUCAAUAUGUCCUGAAAAUAUAGACAUAAUUUACUAACCCUCUCUGGAAGGACAUCAGAAAAUAAUGUUGCAAUAUUGUCAACGGCAGAAUAAUCCCCAUGGACAACAGAAAGUCAUAAUGUUUAUUUCAUGUGUUCAUCAGCGCAUAAGAUGUUUCAUCUCCACUGAUAGCAAAUUAUGUUUGAAGUUAUUUUUGCCUCCAUUUGCUCAAAGUUUGCUCUUUGAUAAGUAUAUAU